UGAAUUCCGCAAUGCACUCCAGUGGAACAACAACUAAAUUCUCGCGUGUGUCUUGGCAUUGUCCUUUGAAUGAAAACAAUAAUGGUGAUUGCGAACCUACCCUUAAAACCAUGCAAGACCUGGUUACUCUGAGUCUUCUCGAGUGAAGCGAUGCACAGUCAUGAACAGGAGUCAUCAUGUAGUCAUUCAAUAUAAGCGUCGUAGACCUCUAAGCAGAGUUCAGAGUGAAAAUUUAUCCCAGAGUAGACUCUUUCUUGGCUAAAAUGUCUGCUAAUGGUAGCACCAAAGCCAGCAUGGAAAACGACAUGUCUCUGCCAUUUGACACUCUCGAGAGAAAUGAAACUGCUGACGAAGCCGACGAAGCAGAAGAUGACAUGGCUCACAAGUAUAUCCGAGUAGAGCACGAAACCGACCCGAGGGACCUUCUAACGCUUCUCACGAAGCAAUGGGGGCUGAGCUUACCAAAGCUGCUGAUAUCAGUGACUGGCGGGGCAAAGAGCUUCGUACUUCAUCCAAAGCUGAAGCAAGUUCUUAGGCAGGGACUACUCAAGGCUGCGAGGACCACGGGUGCCUGGAUCCUGACGGGAGGCACAAAUACGGGGGUUAUGAAGCACGUGGGUGAAGCAGUGCGAGGCCAGAUGCUGACGUCACAUCUCAAUAAAUACCAGCAAAACCAGUUAUACCUGAUAGGCAUAGCAACAUGGGGAAUCGUGGAUCACAAAGAGACGUUACAAGAAAAAAAGGAUACAGUGACGUAUCACAUGACGUCAAGCAUGACGUCGGCCGGAGCAUGUUUGGACAAUAACCACUCUCACUUCAUUCUCGUGGAUGAUGGAACUGAGGGAAAAUAUGGCGGGGAGAUCGCCCUGCGCGCCUCCCUCGAAAACUGCAUCUCCAAGCAAAGGAUUUCGCAAAAGUCUCAGGUUGUCCCUGUGGUUCUACUGGUGCUUGAGGGAGGUAUGAAUACGAUCCGUACCGUCCUGGAGUCCGUGACUAGGAGUCCGGCUGUUCCAGUGGUCAUCGCUGAGGGAAGUGGGCGCGCGGCGGAUAUUUUGUCGUAUGCGCAGAGGUUCAUAGUACAGGACAAGAGCAGCGAAGUAGAAAUGACGGACCUUGUUGACAUUGUGGAGCACCGGAAGUUACUAAUGAAAAUUGAGACGGCGUUCCCAGAAGCGGACGACGACAAAAAGCUCGAGCUCUAUCGGGAAGUCCUGCAAUGUGUUUGCAACAAGCAAUAUAUAACCAUCUUUCGGGUUGACGAAGAAGGAGUAGACAUUGACAGAGCAAUCCUUCGCGCACUCCUCAAAGCUCAGCAUGCUUCUGCCGCUGACCAGUUGAGUCUUGCACUUGUUUGGAACCGCGUUGACAUCGCAAAGUCAGAAAUCUUUGUCGAAGGACAGAAGUGGGAGGUAGAGGAUUUAAAUAGUGCAAUGAUGGACGCCCUUCUCAACAACAGAGUCGAGUUCGUCAAACUUCUCCUUGAGAACGGUGUGAGCAUGGGGCAGUUCCUUACUCCCGAGCGACUCUUGGCGUUAUACAGAGGGAGGGCAAAAUCCAGUUACUCUUUCCAGCAAAUGAUUGGUGAAGACAAAAUAAGAAACGGGUUCUCGCUAGAGGAUGUGAACAAUCUCAUCGGAAGAAUGCUUGGAGGCGUUUAUACAGGAUGCAGUGGGCAAACGUCUUCACUAAUGACGGGCCUGGAUGUGACAAGUCACCUCGGAAUGUUCAUCAACGAGAGACCAAAGUUCAUGGCCGAGCACUGCGACUAUCCCUUCAACGAGCUGCUCAUAUGGGCGGUGCUGUGCAAGAUGCAGAAGAUGGCGCUGUUUCUAUGGGAACGAGGGGAGCACGCCCUUGCUAAGGCUCUGCUGGCGUCGCGCAUCUACAUGGAGAUGGCCGAGAGGAUCUCACAUGACGAGAUGAAGACGGAUGUGUUGGCCAAGGUGGAGUGCAACGUCAGCGAGUUCAAGCAAGUUGCGCUGGACCUCUUGAAUGAAUGUUUCCAUGCCAACGAGCGUGCUGCUCAAAAGCUGCUGACCUAUCACCUGGACAUCUACUGCGGGCACACAUGCCUGACGCUAGCAGUGGCCACGGAGCACAAAGAGUUCGUCGCACACACCUGUUGCCAGGGGUUACUGACCGAGAUCUGGAUGGGAGCGAUGCGUAGCGCCAACAUGCGAUCAAUGAAGAUUCUGCUCGGAAUCCUGGUCCCCCCAUUUAUCUUCAAUGUAGAGUUCAAGACACGAAAGGAGCUAUCACAGCUCCCCGUAACCAUCGUGGAGCACAUGCAGGAGCUUGGAGCGGAUAGCGAGUCGGAGGAGGACGAGUUCGCUUCACCUUGGAAGAGAAGGCAGAGUAAGAAGAGUCUGAGUACUUUCGACCGAGAAAGAUUGGAGUCCACGGCCCCGAGCCGACCUACAAGUCCGUCCAGUCCUCGCUCGGAUAUUGAUCACGAGACAAAAAGCCGGAGAUUGGGGCUGGGUCGGAGAAUUCUGGAGUUCUAUCGUGCUCCCAUCACAAAGUUCUGGGCAAAUGUGAUUGCUUACUUCAUGUUCCUGAUACUGUUCAGCUUUGUGGUUCUCGUCAAGCAGCCGAGUAAUCCAUACAUCUCAGAGAUCGUACUCAUCGUCUUCGUGUUCACCCUCUGUACCGAGGAAAUUCGGCAGAUCUUUCAGUCAGACUCAUCCGCUUCUGACAACAGAUUCAAGGCGUGGGCCUCCAGCAAAUGGAACAUCUGUGACGGGGUCGCUGUGGUUCUUUUCUUUGUGGGCCUGGGACUGAGGCUUAACUCUUCUACCUUCAAUGCUGGCCAUAUCAUCUACUGCCUCGACAUCAUGCUGUGGAUUAUUCGGCUGCUGGAUAUUUUCUCAGUGAGCCAACAUCUCGGUCCGUAUGUCGUCAUGAUUGGCCGAAUGACGGUGGAUAUGAUUUACUUCCUCCUCAUUAUGGUCAUCUUCUUGCUGGCGUACGGCGUGGCUCAGCAGGCGAUACUGUUCCCGAACCAGCCCCCAUCAUGGGCCAUUAUCUCGCAUAUCUUCUUCAGACCUUACUUCCAGAUCUACGGCGAGCUUUUUAUCACUGACCCCAUUCAGCUUGAUAAUCGCACUACAGCGUUCAGUACGCCCGCGUUCGAUGCGUACAGCGGUACCAUCACCACGUGCAUCUUGGCAUUCUACAUCCUUGUCGCCAACAUUCUUUUGCUGAACCUACUCAUCGCUAUCUUCAACAACACGUUCUCUGAUGUACAGGCGAACUCUAAUCAGAUCUGGAAGUUCCGUCGCUUUGAGCUCGUCAUGGAAUACGUGGAGAGACCUGUUCUCGUCCCGCCUCUGAUCUUCUUCAAUCACGUGAUCGAGAUGUUUGUUGGUAUCUCGCAGAUGAUCCGGUCUGCUCGAAAAGGAUCGAAGUCCAGGGCCGACCACAGACUGAAGCUGUUUCUUAACAAAGAGGAACUUCAGAAGCUAAUGAUGUUUGAGGAGCACUGCAUGUAUAUGUUCUUACACCACAAGGAUACCUUGUUCAACGCCACCUCGGAGGAACGCGUGCGCCUCAUGGGAAACAGAAUUGAGAGUGUGAUCUCGCAGCUGGAAGAGCUUGAUAAGGACUCGUUUACGCGCGAUACCACGGCAGCCAAGACGAUGAGCGCGAUGGACUCGCGACUCAACCGCCUCGAAAAGAACACCAAAGCCAUCCUGAAGAUGUUGUCCACACUGCAUGACGUUAGCCCGGAGCACUAUGGAGCCCCACGCGGGGACUCGUCGGACGAAGAAGGGGGACCGGGAGACGUUUCGAUGAGUUCUUCCAUUCUGAGUCACUUCUCGAGGAAGCAAUCAGCUAAAUCAGCCAGUGGAAGCACUUCCGCUGCUUCAGAUGACCAAAGCCCAAGACAGAGUAAAGGGGCCAGGCACUUCCGUGGACUUCCCUCUGUUGAUGAGAAAGAGGAUAUCGAAGAUACCUUUAUCCCUUCUCCACCGAAACCCACUUCGCAACAGUCCGCUGACCACCUUAUUUCGUUAUCCACCUCUAAACCGAGAUUUUACCCAAUGAGUGAAGUAGAACGGUUUGAAGUCCCGGAUGAUCACGUGGACUGGAAGGUCGCCUUUCCAGGUUACAAUCCCCCUCAUCCCGACAUAUCCAGCCAUCCAGCCGAGGACGUCCUUCUGCUUCGAUUCAAUGAGAUUGAUGGGUUCGUCGACCGGCGCAGUCACAUGGGCACCUAUGACGUCAUUAACGGGUUACCAAGGAAUCCGCGAGGUCGUACUGGGUUUUCUGGCAGGGGGGCCUUUGCACACUGGGGGCCGAAUCACACCGCAACGUUUGUCAUCACUCGCUUGAAACUUAAUCCCAGCGACGGACAUAUCGUCGAGGAGAACGACCAAGUUGUUUGGGAGUUUCUCGCGGUCAAGGAGGCAGACGAAACUUCAUGGCGACUACCUGAGGGAGAGAUGAAAGUAACAGACUACAUACCAGAGCAAAUCAUCGAAGACCUCUUGUCCUUGGCAAAAGAAUCCAUUCUGGAACUCAGCAACGGGUCUCUUAACCUGCACGAAACCCUCCAGCACUUAUGCGAGACGUGUGGACAGAGGGUUAAGUUGUACAGCGGUUACGUCGAUGACCCACGAAACACGGACAAUGCCUGGCUUGAGACAAACGUGGUCCACUUCCAUGAUGAAUUCAGGGAAGGACUGGGGAGACUACAUCAAAGGCUUCCACAUGAUGACAGUAAAAGUCUCACGUGGAUGAAGCUGACCCACCAGGCCAACAUAUCAGCCUACCAUCUGAAUCUAUUGCAGAAAGUUUCACAGCAGAACGACGUGUUCUUCUAAUGAUUACCAAACACGACUUGAGAUCCUACAGACUUUGAAAAGAAAUAGCCCACAGCAAACAGCACCAUCAUCGCUGUUCGCACGAGGCUUGAAUGAGGGCUGUAUAACGUGUGAAAUAAAAAUGAGAAUUCAAACCUG